AUGGCAGAAAAUGGGCGAAAAAUUUUAUUAGCAGUGGAUGAAGGAGAUGAAAGCAUGUACGCACUCACAUGGUGUCUCAAAAAUGUUAUUAGUGAGAAUUCCAAAGAUACCCUUAUCCUCUGCUACGCCAAACCACCUCGUGCUGUCCACACAGCCAUGGAGGGUACAGUGUGGGCAUUUUCUCCGGAUGUAAUGGAGAGCCUUGAGAGGUACAGCAAUGAUGUGGCUCAGUGCGUGAUUGAGAAGGCGAAAAGAGCUUGCAAGCACUUGAAUGAUGUUAAAGUGGAGACAGUGGUGGAGCAUGGAGAUCCAAGGGACAUGAUUUGUGAGGUGGCUGAGAAAUUGAAAGUGGAUCUUUUAGUGAUGGGAAGUCAUGGUUAUGGUCUCAUUAAAAGGGCAUUUCUUGGAAGUGUGAGCAACCACUGUGCGCAGAACGCGAAAUGUCCAGUUUUAAUAGUGAAGAAACCCAAACCAAAGGGCGGCAAUGGCAAACACUAA